AUUUUUCGUUUAAAAUUUAUUGCAAUUUGUUUUUUUAAGUUUUUGUUAAAAAAUAUUUUUUUUAUACUGUAUUACUCAUAGCUUUUUUGUAUUUUUUUCAAAACGUAUUUUUCAAUUAAAAAAAAUUUUUUUUUUAUUACAUACAUACAUUUUAUACAUAGUUUAUUAUCCCUUGUUUUUCGCGGUUAAUGGGGACCAGAACUUGCCGCGAUAAGUGAAAAACCGCGAAGUAGAGCCCCCCCAACCCCCCUUAUUUUUUUUUUUUUGUGUGUGUUCAAUGUAUUUCUUCAGAUUUAGCAUUGGAAAGAUAUAUAUAUAUAUAUAUAUGAUUAGUUGAAAAAAAAAUUGAAAUUUGUAAACAAAAAACGUAUGUUUUCUGAGUGAAAAAUGGCCGGCGCCAUCUUGAAAAAUUUGUGCUGCGAACUUCCAGUUUAGACAAAACGCCUAGAGUUGCGGUUGAAGUUAGCAGUGUGUUGACUAAGUCAAAAUCAAAUCAAAUGAGCCCACUAAUCUUCUAAAAAUGGACAACAUACAACGCACAACGUAAAGGGUCCUGGACUUUCUGUGCUGUGCGUGGCUUUGUGAACUGGAAAAUGCUCGUCCCAAGACUUCAUAAUUUAUUGACGGGGCUGAUAAAUAGGGGGCCCGCAUUGUUGGUGAGGAUUUCAAAGCUGACCGAGUGGACAAAGGCCUUUUUUUGUUGAAAAUAAAUGUCUUAAAUCCCCAAAUUCUUCAUAGAUAUGGACGUAAAACAGUCUUGAUUCUUGGUUAAAAGCAAAAAAAACAGUGCAAUAAGCAUUUAUUUUACGUAAAUAUGCCGAAUUACAAUGCUAGUCUGUUCCUGGAUGUAGCUAGCGGUCGCUUGAUGUAAACAGAGCUUUUCCGGUGAAAAUGAUUGUGAAUAAAUGCUUAAAUCCCCAAAUUAUUUAUAGAUAUAGGUGUGAUACAGUCUCUCGAUUCUUGGUUAAAAGCAAAAAAAAAAAAACUCUGCAGUAAGCAUUUAUUUUACGUAAAUACAGUAUGUCAAAGUAUAAAGCUAGUCUGUGGCGAUGGCGUUGCGCAGUGGCUGGCAAAAUUGACCCGUCAAUACAAUUAUGAAGUCUAUGGCCUGUCAUUAUUAAAUGCUUUAUUGAGUGAGUCCACUCAAGCUGCUCACUUACACACAGUGAGUUGCCACAGCAGCUGUUAAAGAAGUUAAACGAUGAUUGACGCAUGCUUCACUUUGAUGCUUAGGCUUCUAGGCAUCUGUGGCAAGAUCAAACAUUAAACGUUUGUAAAUCAUUGUUAACUUUAUUAAGCAACUCCAGUGUACUGCCUGACCAAGAAAAGGAGCAGGUAGGAGACUACGUGAGCGGAUUGGGACAGCUCAUCUGUAUCUAUUUUUUUUAAUUGAAGGAAAAAAAUCCGCAAUGGACUGAGGGCGUGAAAUUUGAAGCGCGAAUGAGCAGGUUAUCACUGUAUUAUACAGGGUGAUUCAAAAAGAAUGUGCCAAAAAACAAUAACUAGCUGGAUACAAGUACAUUAUUGUAUAUUACAAGUUUUCAUUUAAUGCUUAACAAGUGCUCAAUGUGACCACUACCAGCUGCACGGACAACAUCAAGUCGAUAUGACUUUUAAUUUGUUAAAAUAACUUCCUUGUUAAAAAGAUUCUUAAUUCUUAUUUUAAUUGUUAGUAAAUUAUUAAUUAAUACAUUCUAAUUGAUUAUCAGUCUAUUUUAAUGAUUUUAAAAUGAAUAAAUGUGUGAUGGUUUUGACAUUCUUUUUGAAUCACCUUGUAUGAUUGCCUUGAGCAAAAUAUGUGUGGGCAACACUAAUCCUACAAUUUAAUGUCAAACGGGGGCCACAAAAUACUGUCCCAUGGCCCACUGGUUUGAGACACUUGUCCUGUAUGAAUGUAAUAAAGCGGGGGGGAAUUCUCCCCCCCAAAAAAUCAUAAUUAGCCCUUAAAACUAGGAGUGAGCUAACUGGUUAGGUUGUUUUUGUUUUUUAAAACAUAAUUUGUGCAUGAAAGGACUAAACAAACAAAAACGUCCAGCAGGGCCGAGAACCAAAAGUUGUAUUUGCAAUGUGGAAAAAUGGAUUUUGCCGUGUGGUUUUUUAAAUUUAUUUUAUUUUAUUUUAUUUUGCCAUGUGACAAAAUGUAUUUUGCCAUGUGGCAUUUUUUUGCCACAUGGCAAAAUGGAUUUUGGUUUGUUUGUUUUUCUGCCACGUAAUAUGAAUGGAAAAUUUGGACGUGCAUAGCUGUCAAAGUCAUAGCCAGACUUGGUUGCCACUUGAAUGCCAAUGUGAUGUAAAGUGUAUGGUCAAAAAUCACAUCCACACGUUUUUCUGCCAUUUAAUAUGAAUAGAAAAUUUGUGCAUAGCCUGACUUGGGUGCCAGUUGAAUGUCAUUGUGCUAUAAUGGUAAGUGGAUGGUCAAAAGUCACAGCCACACGUUUUUCCUGCCAUUUAAAAUGAAUGGAAAAUUUGGACGUGCGUAGUCGACAACGGCAUGGAUGUGCAUGGCCUGCAAAAAAGCCAUAUAUAACAAAAUGCCACAUUCCAAUAAAAUGUCAAAACACAUUUUGUCACAUGACAAAAAAUGCCACAUGGCAAAAUCAAUUCUGCCACAUGGCAAAAAAAUGCCACAUGGCAGAAUCAUUUUUUUCAGAUGGCAAAAAAAAUGACACAUAACAAAGAAAAAGCGCCACAUGGCAAAAUCAAUUUUGCCACAUGGCAAAAAAAAAGUGCCACUUGACAAAAAAAAAAUGCCACCUGAUAAAAUCCAUUUUGCCACAUGGCAAAUACCACUUUUGGUUCUCGCGCUCUCAAAAAGUUACUAAAAAAAAAAUAGUCAUGGCCUCAGCGUGUCGCUGUUGUUACCUCACACUUGCCGUAAAAGAGGAGGAGCCGAGUCAAACGCUUGCUUGCGUGGACUUUGUCGUCACGCUGGCGUGUCGUGCAGCUCGCGUGGAUGCCCACCCCACUCCCACUACCCACCUUCUUCCCCAUCGGUCCCUCGGCUUGAUUGAGCGGAGCGAGUGGACGCUGCUGUCCGAACCCCAAGCGCUGAUGUGGGCGUUGCGUUGAACGAGAAACCGUCACCAUCAUCUUCAGCCAUACUGGAUUCUUGCCGCUCUGCUAUGCCUCCUCACUUUUCGCGUUGACAGUCUUGUCGUCUUCGGCAUGGGUUCCCGCAGCCAAGGCUUCUUCCCCCACCACCAUCACCAACGCAGCCCGUCGGCGGCGCCCCCGCUGUCGACGGUGCCCCGGCUCCUGCCCGAAGGCGGCAUGGCCCAGAUCACGCCGGGCCUGUUCCUGAGCCGCGGCAACGUGGCGUCCAACCGCGGCCUGCUGCUGUCCAAGGGGAUCACCUGCGUGGUCAACGCCACGCUGGAGCUGCCCAACUUCAACUGGCCGCACGUGGAGUACGUCAAGGUGCCGUUGGCCGAUGCGCCUCACUCGCCCAUCUCGCUCUACUUUGACGGAGUGGCCGACAAGAUUCACAGCGUGGGCCGCAAGCGCGGCGUCGUCUUGGUGCACUGCGCGGCGGGCGUCAGCCGCUCUGCCUCGCUGUGCCUGGCCUACCUCAUGAAGUACCACCGCGUGUCGCUAGCCGACGCCCACGCCUGGGUGAAGGCCCGCCGCCCCGUCAUCCGGCCCAACGGCGGCUUCUGGCGCCAGCUCAUCGAGUAUGAACGCAAGCUCUUCGGAAGGAACUCUGUCAAGAUGGUGCAGACGCCCUACGGGGUCAUCCCUGACGUCUACCAGAGAGAACGCCGCGGCCUGGCGCCCUACUGGGGACUGUGAGGCGCGGUUUCGCUCCAUGUCGUGUUUUUUUGGGCUGUGCUUGUCAUGAUGUCAAUUGUACGGUAGCAUUUUGGAGAGCGGCGUGCAGUGAACCCUCGAGGCUCGCCCUUAACUCAUUGGCUGCCAGGUCAUAAAAAGGAACAGACAACAUAUGACGUAUGAAUGACCUUUAUGUGAAAAAACGGUUGCUUAAAUAAUUUAAGUAUGCAAUUUGUUUUUUUUUUUGUUUGUUUGUUUUGUUUUUUUUUUUUAAUCUGAGAAGAGAAACUAACGUUUAAAGGGAUCCACGGAUAGAAAGACUUGCAGUUCUUAAAAGAUAAGCCUUAUUUUGAGUUAAAGUAAUUUGUUAUUAAACCCUCUCUUGAUGUUUUUGUUUUUAUACAAUUUGUAAAAUUAGUUGAAUUGUAGGUCGUAGCGGUGUGCAAUCUUAGGCACCCCACGAUUCGAUUCGAUUACGAUUCAGGGGGCUACGAUUCGAUUCUUGAACGAUGAUCACGGUAUUGACGAUGAUCACGGUUAUCACGAUUAUCGAUGCAUCGUACAUUACUAAAUAAUAUAGUAGACAAACAUUAUUUAUUUAAAAUAUCCUAAUGAUUCAACAGGAACGAUGGAAACAUGCCCAUACAACAAAAACCUGCCCUUAAGCUGCUUUUUUAUUUAUUUAUUUUUACAAGAAAGUGCAAAAACCUUAAACAUUUUAAAGGGAGUACUUAUAUCACUCAACAAUACAAUAAAAUGUACACAGGUGGAAUUAAUUCCACAUUUUCUGGAAACAAACUUUGUUAUUGGUUAAAAGAAGUGUUUUCACAGAUUUCUGUACCAUUUCGCAUGUUUGUAGUGUUACCGCUGUACUUAAUCAUGGUUUUACACGUUCUGCAUAUGAAAUACAUGUGAGCGAAUUAGCUAAUUAGCUUAGCGCUCGGGGCUAACUAUUAACACCUAAAAAACAACAACAAUAAAGGCUAAACAGUACAAGAGGGUUCGUGUACUCACCUCUUGUUGAUGCACACGGGUCUUAGCAACACACUCAGGACAUUUUUCAAUUGACAUGACUUGGAACUACAGCUGGACAUCUGAAAGACGAGGAGCAACAAACUAUCUUCCCCUCUUGCUCUAAAAAAUAACGUGCGCACAGCACACUUCUGUCCCUGCCUGUCUCAUACACAAAUUUAUUUUCCAGUCUUUUGAAAAACACAAUCUCUCAGUCAGUUACAGGCAGCAUCCGUUAUAACGUGCGUACGUCCGUUAAAGGUGUCCGGGCGGCAGACGUGUCUUGAAUUUCGUUCCGCUACGAGCGACUGUCAUAAAGUUAUGAGGGAAAAUCGUUUUUGAGCCUUUAUGAAUCGUAAUCAAAUCGUCACGUGUCGAAUCGCGAUGCAUGUAAUAAUCGAUUUUUUUGGAACUCCUCUAGUAGGUCGACGUUGUUGACGUCGCAAGAGCGGUGACAAAAGUGGGUUACGCUGCCAGGCUUCCAGAGUAUGACUAGCGAUAUAAACAUGUCAUUUGUUCAACCCUUUCAAUUUGAACCCGAGAGGAACAUUAUUGAGCAUGACAGCACCGUCAAUUUUUCACAAAAUGAGCAGCAAAAGCAAAACGAACAGGAACGACAGGAUGCAAUGAGACAAGAGUAGGAAAAAUCGGGUGUUCUGCCUAAAUGUGCUACACUGGUGAAAUGUGGCGAAGAAAGAGACAAGAAAGGCGAAUUUGACACUCGGGUAAGUCCGACUAUGCACUUUCAGCUUGUUUUGUUUUGAUAAAUACAGACAGAACAUACUAAAAAGGCCUUAAGAAAAUAGUUAAACAUAGUAAUAUCAAACAAGAGUGGUUUAAGUAUGCUACCUGACUAGUGUGGUCAACAGAUCAACAGUCUGCUUUAAAGCUACCACAAGAAAACAGUUUAGCAAAAAGCUUAGAAGUAUGAGAAGGAAAUCCAUGCGAAAAGUAUUUUGAGGCAGUGAAAAGGUCAUAAAAGACUCAAUAAAAACACAAAUACUAAGUCCUCGCCACUUUUAACCGCUGAGCGCAUGUGUUGGAUGUUUCGCCGCGUAGAAGGAAUGGCAGAAUACAGGUAGUGUUCGUCCAGUGACAGUGAAACUACGUCAUCACCCCGAGUGUCCAUUGCGCGCAUAAAACAUGACACCCUCUGUAGGUCAAAACGUGCUACAUAUUGUAGAAUUUUAAAAAGAUGGCAAUGUUUUAUGUGUCUCCAAUAACAUAUUUUAGUAAAAUAGAAAAAUUGUGGCUUAUUACAGCCUACAAGUCUUUAAGUCCGAGGUUCCCUUUAAGGGCAAGUGACCUUUUUUUUUUUUUUUUUUUAAAUAACAAAAACUUAUUAACAUCUGGUGU